AACCACGCAGAGCGCCGCCGCCGCCGCCGGUCCAGCAGCAGCAGCGCAGCUAGUCGCCGAAUCGGUUCAGGCCGACCCCAACAAACCGACGCGGACGGCGCAACGCGGCAGCGGCACAGAAGCGCGCCACCGUCAAAGGCGGGAGUAGGGUCCUCGCUCGCGUGCGGCCGGUUGGCGUGUUCCCCGGACAAGCGUCACCAUGGAGGGCUUCCCGAACGACGAGGUGACCCUGCCCGGCUGCUUCGUGGUCAAGUACCUGGGCGUGCAGGACGCCACCGGACUGUGGGGACUGAAGCACACGCGGCGAGCCGUCGACGACCUCGUGGCUGCCGCCAAGAGCGGCAAGCUCACGAGCGCCCACAUGCCCAUGGUCAAGCUCGAGGUGUCCGAGAAAGGCGUCACCCUCAUCGAGCUCGGCGCCGGGGCAGUUUCCGGUCGGUCCACGGGUGCCAACAACCGCGUCAAGCCCGUCCCGUACCCGACGUCGGUGGGUGUGAACGGCGUCGGCGGAGCGCCCGUGUCGUGUGUGUAUCCCAUCGAGUGCAUCUCGUACGGCGUCCAAGACGUGAGCUACAGCAAGGUGGUGGCCAUGAUAGUGGUGCGCGAGUCUGCGUCCGCGUCGCUGCACCACCUGCACGAGCACCCGUUCCGCUGUCACGCGUUCGUGUGCGAAAGCAAGGCGGUAGCCAAGCGGCUCACGCUCACGCUGGCCGCCGCCUUCCGCGAGUUCAGCAAGAUGGUCAAGAGCACAAGGACCCGGGAGCUGUACACCAAGAAGUUCGCCAUCGACCUGCGCGGCGAAGAGGACGGCGAAUGCGUGCCGGAGGAUUCUGAAGCGUAGCUGUGCAUCUUUUCCGUCGCAGUUGGGGAAGUUAUACGACUGCAAAGACCGUUACGUGCGUGUGCCGACAAUGCCAUUUAAUUUAACCUAUUCCUAUGCUUCUGCGUUCGCGUCAGGCACGGCCUCAUAACAUUAGGCACCUAGUUGAUGUUACUUUUCCUAAAACUUUGUUCCACCUGUGCCUUCACCACUUUCUUACGUAAGCUAAUGACGAGUAGAGGGCAGUCAACUGGUAUUUCAGCUUAGGCUGGACGUUGCACUGCGUGUGUCAACCAUGCACGAGCCACGCGCUUGUGCCUUUAAAUGUUGCCCGUUUUGCGUUUUCGCGUUCUGGCUGGCAUUUAGCUGCGCGUUUAGCGAGCCUUUUAUUAGGACGUCAAAACGUUGACCGCCUUACGCUACGCUGCUCCAAGCUUAGACGUAUAUUUUCCUGCCUCUAAAGUUUCUUUUUCUUGUUCCUGCGCCAGUGUUACGCGAGUUAAUAGCACGCACGUGCCCCACUGUCAUUGAACGUUGAAACGAGUUCGAGGCGUGAACAGCAAUCUAAGUCACUUGUUUUUCUGCUGAAGAAGGAAAAGGAACGAAGACUACUAACCUUGCGCGUGCCAUGGGUCGUGGUAAAUAUUUCAGCGAGAAACUCGAACGCAGUUAUUGCGAGGUUCGUUCAAAGGCCGCCGCUCGCACUGACUUGGAUAUCAACCAAGCCUGCGCGACACGCAGUCGACCGCACUCCGGUGGUUCGGUUGCCCCAAUAUUUCUUGCUCGUUCGUCGGUGGCGUUGUAAGAAAUACCUUAUUGCCGGCUCGCAAUUUGGCCGCCAAUCAGGGCGUAACUGCCGAAACGCGCUGUAAUUAACGCUUUCCUGCCCGUUUGCAACAUUCUGCUGUUUUUUUCCAAGCCGCAUACGGUCAUGACAGAAGGGUUGCUGAACUGACGCUGCUUCUUGUUUGCGUGUGUUUCUUGCUAAUCAGUGUUACAGACUGACUUCAAAAUAUCCCCAUUUUUCACCGAGGAAUUUAUUGGCGAACGCGCAACUUUUGGAACUCGGGCCUCAAAAUUAUCGAUACGUGAGAGAGUGCCUUGGAACAGUCGUGUGUACAGUGGUUGCCGUGUCGUUCUACUGCCGUUUUGUUCGUUGUGCAGUGAAAAAAGUGUUUCAGUGAGUGACUCUAAGACCAGCAAGUUUUUUUUUUCUCCAAAACUUUGUCCGAGGUGCCAAGCGCUGUGCGUGAGGACACCGUCUCACGAGUUGUAGCCAGGCAGUGCCCGCAGGAUAGUCCCACGAUUUUUCACGCGCCGAUUACAUUUGCGAACUUGUAUAGACGAACUGUUUGUUGUAAAUAUGUUCGCGUUGCCAUUACUGUACAUAUACGACAUGCGCGAAGUUGUGUUCCUUUUGUGCCUUCUUUUUUCACCUGUAAUAUAGAUUUAUGCCGAGUUGUACAAAUUGCCUGCCUCAGUCGUCCUUUAUAGUAUA